GGAGGAGGUGGUUCCACACGCCAAGUUACCAGCGCAUAUACAAGUCCGCUCCACGCCUCGCCCGCCGGCUAAAAUCCAGCGUCCACGUCCAAAUCAACGGCCCUGGUCGAUCUCCCCUGCAACGUGCAGCCUCCUCCCCCCCUGCCAAGAAAGUGCAGCGCCCCCAGCUCGCCGGGAGACACAGAGCCUAUAAGAAUCCGCAACCGCAAGCACUCGAGGGAUCUCAGCGACCAUGGCGAUGAUCAACUGCUGCCACCAGCUCAAGCCUCCGUCUCCGCCCCUUCACCGCCAGCCGGCCGGCACCGGCUCACAGGCGCCCGCCCAUCUCCCUGCGCUGCGCCGGGCGUGCUUCGCGGCGGCAGCGUGCGUCGUGGCCGUCGGCGCGAUGGGCGCGGUCGACGGCGCGGCCAUGGCGCGGGGACCUGCCGACGGCGGCGCGGCGCACGGGGCGGCGCUGGUGCGCGCGCAGGCGCCCGCGCGGUGGAGCGACCGGAGGCAGUGCCCGCCGUGGCACGCCAACUCGCUGGAGAACGUCGUGCCGGAGAACCUGCCACGGCCGUCCGCGCGCCGGAGGUAUAACGGCGUCGUGGCCGCUGACAAGGUGGCUCCCGCGCCUGCGGCGUCGCCCGACGCCGUGCUGCCGUUCCUGGCGCUCCGCUCCGGCUCCGGCAUGGGCUGCUUCUCCCUCUAAAUUAAUCUAACUAGGUGGAGUAAGUUAAGUGGGUGAUUAGACUAGCAGAUUAAUUAGCUUAGCUUCUAGAAGAAAUAAGCUCGCAUAUUGAUGAGAGCUGGGAGUACAUACGAUACGACCAACAUAUUGUUUUAUCUGUGAUGAUGAUAUUCUUCUAUGUAUUUCAAUUCAUUGCUCCAAAAAUGAGCUAGUUAAUCAUUAUUUAUCUGGCUUAUUAUUGGCCGCA